AUGGUUGCUGACACCAAUAGCUGUGUAGUACAAAUACUGAGAAUAAUAUCCAUGUCUUCCUCCAAAACGAAGACAAUAAAGUCAACGUUCCUCGUUUUAUGCCUCUUAGGUUCGGUCCUCUAUCCAAUCAAGGGUGAUGAUGGGGGGGAUAGUAAUGGUUCUGACAACGUAAAUUUGCAUUCAAAGGGUCUGAUCCUCGUGAAAGUAUGGUGUUUGAUCAUCUUGCUUGUGAGCACUUUCGCGGGUGGAGUUUCUCCUUACUUCUACCGUUGGAAUGAGGCCUUUCUAUUUUUGGGGACUCAGUUCGCUGCUGGUGUUUUCCUUGGAACGGCUUUGAUGCAUUUCUUGAGCGAUUCUGCUGGAACAUUUGGAGACCUCACCACUAAAACUUACCCUUUCUCCUUCAUGCUUGCUUCAUCUGGAUACCUUCUCACCAUGCUUGGUGACUGUAUAGUGGUUUAUGUCACCAGCAAUAGCGAGAGGGAUUCCAAAGUGGUGGAAUUGGAAGGAGGGACAACACCCCAAGAGCAAGAGCUAUCCAUAGAUCAGUUGGCUGUGGAGACGACCAACCCUGCUUUCAUCAAGACUUCUUCUUUGGGUGACACCAUUCUACUCAUCUUCGCACUGUGUUUCCAUUCAGUUUUUGAAGGCAUUGCGAUUGGAGUAUCAGGUACUAAGUCGGAUGCAUGGAGGAACUUAUGGACAAUAUGCUUGCACAAGAUAUUUGCUGCUAUUGCAAUGGGAAUUGCUUUGCUUAGGAUGUUACCAAAGAGACCCUUUGUAACAACGGCAAUAUAUUCAUUGGCCUUUGCUAUCUCUAGCCCUAUUGGAGUGGGGAUUGGCAUUGCCAUCGAUGCCACAGCACAAGGACACACUGCAGAUUGGAUAUAUGCUAUAUCUAUGGGAAUAGCUUGUGGUGUUUUCAUCUAUGUUGCCAUCAAUCAUUUGAUAGCCAAAGGCUUCAAACCGCAGAGGAAGAGCAGUUUCGACACUCCUUGGUUUAAGUUUCUCGCUGUGCUUUUAGGUGUAGCUGUUAUAGCAGUUGUCAUGAUCUGGGACUGAUCAUGAUCAUGGUCAGAUUUUAAUUCCUGUUUU